UUUUUGUUAUACUUAAUAUUAUUAUUUAUUAUCAAAAUAAAUUCAUGAUUUGUGUAAUAAGAAAAUAUAAUUUCUAAAAUACAUUCAAAUUGAACGCAUUGAAGCUGCAAGAUCAAGAAUAUAGUCGCAUGAGAGAUAAACAAAAAUGUCACUCCUUCGUCGUUCACAGCAAUGGGGAACGUUUAGUCGUAUUUGGCAUGUCUAUGAUGCAAAAUGGCAAGAUCCAUAUUUAACUGCAGAAUUGUUAAAAAAAUAUCUAUCAGGAACAUACAAACCAAUUUAUCAUCCAAUGAAUGAUUGUGGUGAUAACGUAGUAGUAAUAAACAGUAAAGAUAUUGCUUUAAGAGGAGAUGAUUGGCAAAAACGAAUGUAUUUUCAUCACACAGGUUAUGCUAAGGGAGCAACUUAUACACUCGCUUGGGAAUUACACAGCAAAGAUCCAACUAUGAUCGUGAGGAAAGCACUUUAUUCAGCCAUGGAUAAAAAUUUAAAUCGAAGAUAUGCAAUGCAACGCCUGCAUAUUUUCCCAGACAGUGAGGUUCCAAAGGAGAUUAAAAGGAAUAUUAGCAACCAAAUUCAACAAAUCUCAACAAUACCAGUUAGGUUAGAUCAUAUACCAGAGGACGUACGUGCAGAAUUUCCUCAACUUCUUAAAUAUCCUGAGGAAUAUGUUCGUCGGUGAUAAACAAAUAGAAUUUUUUCAAAUUUAAUUGUAAAAAUAGAUUGUUUGAUUAUAUAAAUAAUUUUAAUAUGGAAAA